CAUUCCCCAUUCAAUUGGUAGCCUCCCAAGUUUAAGAAUUCUCCUCUUGAGGGCAAAUCAUUUACAAGGAAGGAUUCCAAUUCAAUUAUGCCUUUUGCAGACCUUAAACAUGUUAGAUCUUUCCUACAAUAAAUUUUCAGGUCCAAUACCUCAUUGCUUGAGUAACAUUACAUUGAAGGCAUCUUUUCAAGAAGAUGAUUUACGAGGUCUCUCAUCAGGAUUGGGUUCUACUAAUAGCUUUCUUCCUUCAUUGCCAUACUUUGAAACAAAGUAUACAACCCCACCAGAUGAGGAAUUUCCCAGAAUUCAUUGGGGCGCUUCUCUGAAUGUGAAACCAGAAGCAGAGUUCACAACAAAGAGAAUAACUUACUCCUAUAAGGGUGACAUCCUUCAAUAUAUGUUUGGAAUUGACCUCUCAUGCAACAGAUUAGUUGGUGAAAUCCCGCCCGAGCUUGGAAGUAUGAGCAACAUUCGUGCAUUGAACUUGUCACACAACAGUCUAUCCGGACCAAUACCUGUAACAUUCUCAAAUUUAAAACAGAUAGAAAGUCUGGAUCUUUCCUACAACAAUUUGAAUGGCAAAAUUCCACUUCAGUUGACAGAAAUGACCUCUCUAGCAGUCUUUAGUGUGGCACACAACAACUUAUCAGGCACAACACCGGAUAGAAAAAAUCAAUUUGGAACAUUUGAUGAAAGCAGUUACGAUGGGAACAUUUUCCUGUGUGGACCUCCAUUACAAAAUAAUUGCACCAAAAUGAGACCACCAUCUACAAUGCCAGUGGAUAAUGAAGGGGAAGAAGGUGAUAUUUUCAUGGACAUGGGUGUCUUCUACAUAAGCUUUGUGGGGGCUUACAUAACAGUCCUAUUGGGAAUUGUUGCAGUUCUUUUCAUAAAUCCAUACUGGCGUAGGGCGUGGUUUAACCUUAUUGAAGUGUGUAUUGACACUUGCUACUGUUUUGUUGUGGUUCAUUACCAUAAGUUGUUCAAUUACAGGAGUGCAUAGCCUUGCAUUGCUACUGUUUUGUUGUGGUUCAUUACCAUAAGUUGUUUGAUUUCAGGCUUGCAUAGCCU